AAUCUCAAUCCCAUAUAAACUCUCACCUUUCUGUCUUUCCGCUUCAAAGUGGUCACUGACUGACUGACUGACUACGCUUUCGAAGCCUACCAAUUUUCUAGCUUCUCAUACUGCCUUGGAUUCCUCAAAACUGUCCAAACCCCACAUGGCAAACAAGAAACUGCUGAGACUUUCCCAUUAAACACCAUACCCUUUCGCCUAUUAAUGGAAGUUACACCAAUUAGCAAAACAACCACAUCCCCUUCAACUCUCACACUCUCAAUCCCCAGCUAAACCACUGUUUAUGAAAUUUCAUUCAUACCCUUUAUUGCUUUCCUAGACAUGGAACCUUUUGCUUGGAGUUCAAACACCAUGGCCUUUGGUUCUGACGGUUUGAUGAACGAUGAGCUUUUGGUAAAUUCUUCAAUGGUAAGAAAUGGGUCUGAUUCAUCUUCGUCUUUGGUUUUGGACCGUGAGAGAAGUGAGCUUGUGGAGGCUCGGAUGAAGUUGGAGCGUAAAGGGGGUACUGCUGAGAGAACCAUUGCUGCUUUGAAGAGUCACUGUGAGGCCGAGAGGCGGCGGAGAGCCCGGAUUAAUUCGCAUCUCGAUACGCUUCGGGGCCUAGUACCGGGCGCUAAGAAGAUGGACAAAGCGUCAUUGCUCGCUGAAGUAAUCAGCCAUAUGAAAGAACUAAAGAGGAGUGCAGAAGAAGCUAGUGAUGGUUUUGUCAUACCAAUGGAUUUUGACGAAGUAAUAGUUGAACGAGAGGAUGGAUUUGAUGGAGACCCUUAUUCAAUUAGAGCAUCUUUAUGCUGUGAUUUUAAACCUGGACUUCUGUCUGAUUUGAAACAAGCACUCAAUGGUCUCCAUCUGAUAAUAAUAAGAGCAGAGAUUGCUACCUUGGGAGGCAGAAUGAAGAAUGUUUUGGUGAUGACCAAUCGCAAAGAAGGGGAAGUUAAUCAUUCUGAAGUCCGCCAGGCCCUUAGAUCUGUACUGGAUAAAUUUUAUAGUUCAGAGGAAUUCUUAUUAGGAACCACUUUUUCAAACAAGAGGCAAAAGAUUUCUAUAUUCAAUUGUUCUAGUUCAUCUUCAUUAGGAGAUGUCUGGUGAGCAUAAAGAUGGUUUGCAUCUCUUGUCAAGUAAUUUUUAUGUCUGUAAGCAUUGGCAAACGGGUGGUCCUACGGUGACCGAUUGUAUUUAUUUCAGCUGCUUUAUUUAUAUACUGUGUCUAGUGCUGCCUGCAUUUUAACAAGGGCUAAAUAUGAUGAAAUUGUUGUAAAAGAAGUCAUUGACUAUUUAAGCUUGAUGCAACUUAUAUUACUGAUGUCAAUGACAGAAUUAGAAGUUAGCCAAUGGAAGUUUGCUGUUUUCUAUA